AUGGUAGGAGACAGCUUCCACCACAGCUUCAUCAACCUGCAUUGGAUGGGACACCGCAAAGAGUUCUUUCUACCCUUUUGCACUCAUUCACUUUUUGACGGCAGUCGUGGUGGAAUACCUUUCCAUCCUGCCUCUCUUCCAGUAUUAGGCCUAUCUGAAGGUGAUAAACAAUGUAUACGUGACUGUAGCAGCAUAAUGGCCAGACAUCUCUUUGCAGAUAAAAGCGGAGAAUUUAUCCAUGCCCAAGUAAAUGCUCUUCUGUCCCCUCUAGAUAUUGACAGCAACGUUCAUGGCAAUGGACCUAUGCCUGAAAGAUUUAGGGAACUUGAUGAUUAUUGGAACAAGUCUCAAGGCAAUGUAAUACAAGAUUCUCAUGCUGCAAUACUGGAUGGAAAAGAGCUAGAAGUGUCCUUUGACAGCUUCCCGUACUAUUUAAGAAAGAAUACAAAAAAAUCUGGAUCAGAAAUAUAUCAGGAGACGUUGGUAAAAGAACUUGCAAAACACUUUGGAGCUAAGUUGCUCAUAUUUGAUAGCCAUUUGCUUUUGGGUGGUUUGCCUUCCAAGGAAUCUGAGUUGCUCAAAGAUGCAUUUAACACUGAAAAAUCCUGCAGCAGCGCCAAACAAAGUUCUGUAAUCACAGACAUUGCUAGGACCAUGGACCCAUCAGCUAAUGAAAUAGAGACAUCUACCUCUUCAGAGGCACCCACAUCAAAUGGCCUUGAGUCUCAACAUAAUUUGGAUUGUCAUAAAAUACCAUCAACCACUGUGACAGCCAAAAAAAUGCUUGUUCAGAUUAGGGGCCCACCUAAUGAUAGUCGGGGGAAGAUUGUAUUGCCAUUUGAUGAUAAUCCACACUAUAAAAUUGGCGUGGAGUUUGAUGAACUCAUACACGACGACGUUGAUCUUGGAGAGAGAGUAGAAGUGCACCAUUCAUUUUAUAGAGAGAGUACGGACCUGCUACACUCAGGAGCGAUUCACAAGCACAUCAUCCACCUCAUAGUAUACAUGUUAAUCCCAAGUAUUUUGAAAGACAGCGUGUUCAGGAGUCCAGUAGGAGUAAUCAACACACUCAUAGAGACCCAUUUGAUGAUCCUGUUCCAGAAAAAGAGUGCAUCCUAUGGAGGCAGUGACCAUGGUUCCAAUCUCUCAAGGAAUAUGGGCAUGGGUAUUGGCAGAACUGCUGGCAGCAUAACCGAGUUAGGGCACAAAAAUUUGUACAACAAAGCUGGUGUCGGUGUUUCAGGGACCAUAUCUGGGCAAAGAAAUGGUGUUGGCCUCAAGCAUAGUUUUUCAAAUACAGAAGCUACUACUAUUUCAGAUGCACAACAUCAUCCAACACGAAACAUUACUGUCAUAAAGAGAAAUGUGAUGUCAAGUAGCUGGAAAAAUUCCGAGGAAGAGGAGUACAUGUGGGACGAGAUGCACACUGGAUUGACUAGUCAUGGUGUACAUACCAACUUGGGAAAUGAUGCUUGGACUGCUGAUGAUGAGAAUUUGAAUGCUAAAGAUAACCACCACCAAAUCAGAAAUGUUUUUAGGGGAAAUGUUGAUAGAGAAAUGACCAAUAAAUCUCAAGCCACUCAAAAGAAAUAA